AUGGGAAAACCCAACAGUGGUUCUGCCCAGUUGAUACUUUCUGGGACAAGUAUUAUAGAAAAAAAUGACUGUAAUGAAACUGUAGUUUUACCUUGUUAUGUGACUAAUCUAGAACAGAAGGAUGAAAAUGUCAUGUUUGUUAUAUGGAAAAAACAAGGAGAGAAAAUUUUUUCUUACCAUGGAGGAAACAAGAAGUUGAAUACUUAUCCCUCGUUUUCGUCUGCAAGAUUUUUGUCCCAGGCGGAUUUAAUCAAGGGAGUGGCCUCACUCGUGCUCCGCAGUGCAGAAGCAACUGUUGGAAAUUACAGCUGUGAAGUAACAGAAUCAAACAGAGAAGGAGAAUUAAAAAUGGAACUUAAAAACAGCUCAGUUGUCAGUUGCGGCGAUGAAACACCAGAGGAAAAAUGUGGAUCAUGGUUCCUUCUAGUGGAAAGGGCUGUCAUCAUAUCAUUGAUGUGCUUACUUGUUAUUUUUUGUGCAGCUCAGUUAAGUGUUAUUGGAUUAAAAUACGAAAUUGAAUCUCAGAAGAAAGUGUGCGUUAUUGUAGCACUUGUCAUCUUUGCAGUUGUAGCUGGAGUAGGCGCUGCUCUUUUUAUCCAAGAUGGUUAUACUGUACAGAAUCAGGCUGGUCUUGGCCUGACUGUAAUCCCUACUGUGAUUUUGAUACCGCUUCAGUACGUCAUGUUUGGAAUUGUUUUUGACAGUCUAAUGCAGGCAACGUUGGCUCUGAUAGGUUUGAAACUUCUUGGUUUUAUAAUUGCUGUGGUUGGUUUUGCACUGUGUGUCCCAGCCUGUCCUCCAUUACAUGGGUCUGUUCUGAUUGCUGGCUUAGCUAUUAUGGCUAUUGGAAGUUUGCUUAGUCUGGCUUACGUGUUUAUUAUGGGUUCCAGAAUGAAAGAUCAUCCUCGUCCGGGGAAAGCUGUAGAAGAACCACUAAAUGAUGCAAAAGGAGUGAUGUUAGAAUGAUGAACUGCAGAGCUAUGUGAUGCGUAUAUAAAAAGUACACCAUUGUUGAUACACCGUGGCCUUGAAGAUGCACUACUCAACGAGAAGAAAUUCAGGAAUCUAGUUGUUUUGCAUGUGUGGCAAAAGUGCUUUUGAUAUAAAUGACAUAAUUUUAUAGUCACAGCAGCUGUAGCAAGGAACAUGUGUGUUUGCCCACAUGUGAUCUUUAUUUUCUUUUGUUAUGGUGUAUAUGGGAUGGUUGAGGGUGAGAAUAUAAAAAGCACUAUUUGCCCAGUACAGAGUCUCCCAGCAGUAAUCCUUAGUGGUACUAUUUUCAAAAACUAUCAUUAAUCACUGCUUUGAUAAUGGGCCUGCUGAGCCCAGAGAUUGCAAUACCAUUUAGACUAUUGCUUUCUUUAUUUGUGUGCAUGGACAAAGUAUGGUUUUUUGUGUAUGAUACAAGCAGGAAGUACAGAUUGUACAAAUACAUCUUUUCUGACAUUCAGCAAAUUUUUAUAAAAAAAAAAAAAUAAAAAGUUACACACAAAGUUGCAUAAGUACAAAGUUUACUCCCAGCUCUCCUGAAAUUAUUAACAGAGUUCUAAUUCCAUGAAACAUUAGUAUUCCUCUCUGUGGACAGUAGUCAUGUGUGCUCUGGUGGCUGAUCUUUUUGUCCAGUGAGAGGGCUCUCGGUGCCUUCUCUGUAUCCUUUGAUGCGAAACUGCUCAGCUCUUGGAGCCUAAUUCAGCACUGGAAUUACAGAGCACAGGAGCUGGUAAUCUUAAUGCUGAAUGUGGUUCUUGUGUGUGUUCAUGUUGUGCAGUGUGUGGAAUUGGAAGCAAUUUCAGGCUUUCUUAACUCAGUGAAUUUGUGAAAGUCGUGGGUGCUUCAUAAAAAUAGGAGUUGUCCUAUUUAGUGUAUUUUUGACGGAGUUUAAAAUCUUGUUUUCUUGAAUUAUGAUUUCUGGCCCAGGUUUGUGUUGCUGCCAUUACAUCACAAAUACAUAAAAUAAAAAGUAGGAGGAGCUGAUGAGGAGUGAGGAAGCUCAGUUUCUGUAUAUAUCUAUUAAAAAACAGUUUACUAGGACUUGCACAUUCCAUGAGAUUCUGCUAUGUUUUACAGCUGUUUUGAGAGUUGUUCCAAUAUAGUUGGCUGCUCUUGGACUUUGUGUAUGCUUUGUAGAAAUCUUGACACUGUUUCCCGUUUGUACUAAGGUACUGUAUUUCAAAGGCACACAUGGUUUUCUCCUUCUAACGAUUUAAAACUUGGUUUGGAAAGCUGUUGCCAAAAAGUCUUGUAAUAAAAUCUAUGUUUUUAAAGAUCCUGAGUAA